AUGAGAACUCAUAUAACAUCUCUCUGCCGUCACAUUGCAAAUGAACUCGGCCUUCACUCACUUCUAAGCUCUGCCCGUGACGUGCGUCUCCUCAUCCUCAUCAAGUUUGUCCGCAUGGUAGCGUUUGGUCAAUCUUCCAUCUUCCUAGUCCAGUUCUUUAACGCCCAUGGCUACUCUGAAAGCCUGUCAGGACUCUUCAUGAGUAGUACCCUUAUAGGCGAUGUCAUCAUCUCUUACUUUUUAACUCUCAACGCAGACCGCAUCGGCCGCCGCAGGGUCCUUUGCAUAGGCGCCCUAAUGAUGCUAGCAUCCGGUGUCGUCUUUGCCGUCUCAAAUAACUUUUAUAUCCUCCUACUAGCUGCCGUCAUAGGUGUCAUUUCCCCCUCAGGAUCAGAUAUUGGACCUUUCCAAACUGUCGAGGAAUCUACUCUCGCCCAUUUGGUCGCCCCCCAGUACCGUAAUGAUAUUUAUGCCUGGUACUCCCUCGGAUCCGCUCUCGCACUCGCAUGUGGUCACAUAUCCGGAGGAUGGCUCAUCAAUGCCUUGACGGCUCCACGAAUCGGUCUUUCCUCCCUAGAAGCUUAUAAAUCCAUCUUUUUCAUUUUUGCCAUCUUUGGUGGCCUUAAGCUCUUACUUUCUCUCAGUCUUUCCCAUAAAGUCGAGGCUCCACUCUAUGAGCUUUCGUCAACCUCAUCAUCUUCAAUCAAUAAUAAAAAAAUAGAACACACUUCCACCCCACCUUCGGAAACUACCUCGUUACUCAGCCCACCACAAACCCCAAUCGAUCAAGAAGCUUCUCUCACCCCCAUCACCCCACGACGCAAGUUUUCCAUCCUCCCAGAGCUCUCAGCAGCUUCAACAAAUAUCGUCGUCAAACUUUCGCUGCUCUUUGCUCUCGACUCGUUUGCAUCUUCUCUCAUAAAGUCAACAUGGGUCUCGUACUACAUGACGAAAAAAUUUAACAUCAACCCCACAGUCCUGGGCUCUACCUUCUUCGUCACUGGUAUCAUUGCAUCUCUCGCAAUGCUGGUGUCUUCCUCCCUAGCAAAACGUCUGGGACCGGUCCUCACCAUGGCUCUUACCCAUUUCCCCUCCUCCGCUAUUCUCAUCUUCUUACCAAUGCCCGCUUCAUUUUCUGCCUUUUUUAUCCUGCUGGUUCUUCGCUCAUGCACUUGCCAAAUGGACGUGGCUCCUAAACAGGCCUUUCUCUCAAUGGUCGUUCUGUCAUCAGAGCGUACCGCAGUCAUGGCUUGGGUUAAUGUCGUCAAGACGUGCUCCCAGAUCUUUGGCCCCUCCAUUGCAGGAUUUCUGGCUCACGAAAACAAGCAGUGGAUCUGCUUCGUGCUUGCCGGAUCUCUCAAGGUGUUGUAUGACAUUUUGAUUCUGUUGACUUUUGCAUUCAAACCAUUCAUCUCUUCGGAGCAAUGA